AUGUCCGAAAAGCAGCAGAAUGCACGCAGACGAGUGAAGACCCGCAGCGGCUGUCUGCGUUGCAAGCAACGGAGGAUCAAAUGUGACGAGACUGUCCCACACUGCAACCAGUGUACCCGAAAAGCAUAUGAAUGUCCUGGAUAUAAGCGGCCGCUGAGAUGGUCAUCGAAAUACGAAGUUGGCAGGGAUGUCGAUGGCCAAGCGCAGGCAGCAAGACGGGGAAACGACAAACGUGUCUCCGGCACUAGUUUCAGGUCGCCGGAUGCUGCUCUGCCGGGCACCCAAAGAGGGUCAGAGACGGACCCUUGCGACUUUCCUACAGUCCGACUGAGUCCACCGUCACCUGUUGAAUAUGCUCCAUCCGACGAAGUUCUGGAAGAAACCGCCUCGGUCUAUACCUCUGUAUACGAGCCGAUCCUCGACGCCUCCAACCAUCAAGGGGAUCGGACAAUUGACCAGAACGCGGACGACUUCACAGGCACCUUUGUGCAAUGGCCUGACCCGAUGAUGUUGCUAGAAUCACCCCUAGAAGACGACGACACUUGUAUCUCUCGGCAUUACUUCUCUGAAAUCUGUCAUAUUAACUCAUGUUUCGAUUCUCAUUGGAACCAUUUCCGCGUGGAGGUGGGAGGUAUGAUGACUACGCGUCCGCUCAUCUACCACUGCGUACUAUCCAUGUCCGCCGCCCAUCUAGCCUGGAAACGCAGGGACCUGUCGACAGCUGCGUUGCAUCACAGAACCAGUGCAAUAUCGUGCUUGACCGGGGAGAUUAUAAGAGUCAAGGAGGAUAAGAGCGCUGGCUUCAGUGGGCUGUCCGAUGAGCAUGUCGAGGUACUAUUGGCUAGCAUCCUCCUUGGAACCACGGAGCCCCUCGAUGCACUGUCUCACCUAGAAGAGUUCUGUGACCAGAGCGGGGUGGAUAGCAUCUACCCAAAUCCUUGGUCCGGCAUCUGUACUCCGGUGUUUAUAUACUUAGCAAAAACCGGCACGCUAUCCAGACAGCGGACUUUGCUCCGCAACUUGUCAAUCGCAGCCUCUACGACGCACAUCCGUACGGAGCUGCAAGCCAGCCUGGUGGCGCAGGCGCGAGAAGUGGAACAGGCUGUUCUGCAUUACAAAACCCCGGCCAAAGACCGAAUCGGGGACCCAGGCGACGACUUAACACCCGUUGCCCACCUACAACAUAUGGCCCAAAUCUAUCGACUAUCGACUCUACUUGAGCUUUACCGUGUGUUCCCCGAGCUUCUUUCCCAAGGCUCCCAAGAGCCAUCCAUAGUCUCGGACAGACUCCUGGCCCUGGCGACGGGGAUCCUGACCCUCAUCCAAUCGAUUCCGCAUACGUCUGGAGUCAAUUGUAUGUUGACCAUUCCGUUGCUUAUUACCGGUAGCACGUUGCAGCCAAGUCAUUCCGCUCCGAGCGCUAGCUCCAACAGCUCCGACGAAUCUUCCUGGGGGGAUCUCGCUACGGAAAUACUCGCCAUCCCCAGUCAAGAGCACAUAUAUACACACUGGCGAGGAAUUGCGCGUGAGCGUCUUCGUGCGGUGUACCACUAUGUCGGAAUGGCUGCAGUGUCCCGUGCGUCGGAGAUUCUCGAGAGGGUCUGGGAUAGAGCAGAUGUCCAUGCGGUCAUCAAUGGACCCACUACCAGAGGGACCGCAACUGGGUUUGUGCAGUGGGUGGAGGUGAUGAUAGAGGAGAAACUCGAGGCUGUUUUUGGGUGA